AUGUCUGGCGCAGUCGCAUCCUUGCCUGCCAUUGCCUCUCCCUCUCCCUCCGGGCCCACUCGGUUGGGCGCGCCCGCCAGCGCCGUUCGCCUGCGCUCCCGCUCCCCGCGCAAGCACCCCCUGUCUCUCACACUCGAGAAAGUCACUCCUGACAUGCUGCCCGGCCUGACGUCAAGGCUGGCAGACAUCGUACUUGCACGUGGAGGGGAAUCAGCGCUCGUCGCGCCGUUCACCCACGCAGACGCAACACAGCUCUACGACCUCCCCCUCGGCGUCGGGCCGCGCCGGUGUCUCCUCCUCGUUGCGCGGAAUGCUGCCGUGCCUCUGCGGCGAGGACUUGCGCGAGAGGAGAAGGGAGAAGGAGAUGGAGAGGGAGGGGAAGAGAAGGGCGAGGUCGUGGGAAGCGUACAGUUACACUUCCACGCUGCGCCAAACGGAUGGUUCCGCGCCGACGUACGCGGGCUGAUCGUGCAUCCUCACUAUGGGCGGCGAGGUGUUGCGAGGCGGCUCAUGGAUGCCGUGGAAGAGGAGGCCAAGGCAUGCAAGACCAAGUUGUUGCUCCUCGACACCGAGCCCGACUCGCCCGCACAAUCCCUCUUCACCUCAGUCGGCUUCACAACGACAGGUAUCGUCCCUCGCUACACGUACAGCGUGGACGGCUUGCUCCGCGACGCCGCUCUGAUGCACAAAGAACUGCGGUGCGGCAACUGCGACGAGUGUGGGUGUUCAACCGAGAAGAAGCUGCAGUGGUGA